UAAAUGGAGGUGUCAAGAUAUGAUCAAGUUUAAGUUGUUAUUCGAGCCUGACAGAAUUCAGUCUAACAGCGGACAUGAAUCUGCAGUGGUUUUCAGUCCAAGUGAUAUCCGGUGUCCUUUUGGUUGUGCUGUCUAACGUGUACUGUGAUGGAAGUAUUGAAAACGAUAGGAUCGGAAUUUAUAGUCGGAAGUCACCAGUGUAUUUAAUAAAAUCACCACUUCAUCGGAUGUACUUGGAAUGGCUAGCGGAGAAUUUAGGGAAUAGAGAAAAGAUGAAUUCGGGAGAAGAACAGAUUUUUAGUGGACUCAUGGAAAAAAGGGAUAAAUUUAGUAAUUUUCCUGCCCUUGAAGCGUAUUUCAUCUAUAAAGUCAAUCGUGAUAAUUGUAUAAAUCUGGGCGAUGAAGGAUGCGUGAAUGGUGCCUUACCGGGAGCGGGUUCAGAUAGUGGUUUCUUGAAUGGCGGAAAUAAUCCAGGAAAAUGAAUAGAGUGCUACCUCAUUAAAUUAUAAUAUUAUAAUUAUGACAUUUAUUCAUGACAAUUUAUAUUUAUGAAAUAUCAUAUACAACAAUUUAAUUUUAUAAUAAAGGAAAUAUAAAGAUUUUACAUUUUA